AUGAUGCCACUCGCCGUGACGGCCAAAGUGAAACUAGACUGGCUAGUGGCCGCGCCUGACCGGAGUGACGUCGGGUCUGGUGGCCGUGAAUAUCAUCGUGGAGCUCGACGGGACCGUUUCAGCGGCGACGGGACGGGCCGGGAAGACGGCGGCGGCGAACUGAAACUUCGACGAGUUGGGGUCCAACUGAGGACGGAGGCUGCGUCGAUUGGUCAGACGGAGGUCGGGUAUGCCGAGGGAUCAGGCGGUGGCGACUUUGCCGGCGACUGCGGCGGCGCCCUAGAUACCAUAUAUGUGUGA